AGAUUUUUAUGUAUCUGCAGUUCCAUUAGUAAUGUUUUAAGUGAUACACGCAUCCAAUAUGACGUCAUUUUCGAGUUUCAAAGAACCGGAUAUCGGAGUUGAAAGCGGAAUAGAUGGGCAUUACAACCCUACUUUUGAAGGCGAUGAAACUACAGGAAAACACAAGAAGAAAAACGGAUACGGUGGGAACACAAAUGAAAAAUCUUCACAUUAUGAAGACGUUGAUUCAAUAAGCAGCGAGAGACAAGCUGAAGGAGAAAAAGACAGACAGGAACGAUGUGAUAACGACGGCAUUGGCGAGGAACUUGAAUAUGAAGAAAAUAAAGCUGUUAAAUGCAUAGUGACACCUUUACAGCACAUUGGAAGAUUUUUGACGAAGCAUCAAGCGAUUGUAGAAAAAAUUGUCACCAUUGUCUUAGUCUUAUUCUAUAUAGGAUACAUGAUCGCAGCUCUCAUCCGUGAUUUUGAUCGAGCAAUUGCUUUACUCGUGAUUUUCUGCUUGGUCCUGUUCUUCCAGAUAUAUGCGUUCAUACGAGAUAGAUGGGGAAGUAAUGUAUGGGAAGUAUGGAAGCCAGUUUACUUCUCCAUUACAAACAAUAUGUAUUGGAUCAAAUGGGUUUGCAUUUUGAUAUUACUCGGAUUGUUGGCAACUUGGAUAGCAUUAGAUACAUCAAAACGACCUCAACAACUCAUAUCGAUGGCUGGUUACAUCGUAUUUGUGUUCUGUCUGUUUUUGGCGUCAAAAUACCCAGCACGGGUGCGAUGGAGGCCGGUGUUCUGGGGUCUUGGAAUUCAAAUCGUACUGGGCAUGUUUAUUUUGAGAACACAAGCUGGAUUUGAUACAUUUAAUUGGCUGGGAUACAUUGCUCAGACAUUCCUUGAUUUUGUAGAUGCAGGAAGCAUAUUUGUCUUUGGAGAUUUAUAUUAUCAACAUUAUUUUGCUUUCAAGGUGCUUCCGAUUGUGAUAUAUUUCAGCUCAUUUAUUUCUAUUCUAUAUUAUCUUGGAGCAAUGCAGUGGUUAAUUUAUAAAAUUGCAUGGUUGAUGCAAUUUUCAUUGGGAACGUCGGCGACAGAAUCUAUGUGUGCUGCUGGCAAUAUAUUUGUUGGGCAAACGGAAUCUCCUUUGUUGAUUCGACCUUAUAUCAAAGAUGUAACAACAUCUGAAUUGUUUGCGAUCAUGACUGCUGGAUUUGGUACUAUUGCCGGUAGCGUAUUGGGUGCAUACCUUGGUUUUGGGAUUCAAGCUGUUUAUGUCAUCACAGCAUGUGUUAUGGCGGCACCUUGUGCGCUGGCAAUAGGAAAGUUAAUGUAUCCCGAAACAAAGAAGUCCAAGUUUGCGACCCUAGCUGGUCUUGAACUCGACCCACCAGAACAGAGAAAUAUUGUUGAAGCAGCAUUCGUUGGAGCAUCUUCAGCAUUACCAUUGGUCUUAAAUAUUGCCGCGAAUUUGAUCGCAUUUAUAUCUCUUCUGGCUGCCAUAAAUGGAGGUUUGAGCUGGUACGGUGGCCUCAUGGAUUAUCCACAACUCAGUUUUGAGCUUAUUUGUUCGUAUGUGUUUUUACCAAUCACCUUCCUGAUGGGAAUCGAAUGGCAAGAUUGUUUCAAGUGUGCAGAAUUACUGGGUACAAAAAUCUUCCUCAAUGAAUUUAUUGCUUAUGAGGAAUUAGCUCGAUUGAUUGAUAAUAAAAAUAACGGGACAUUUCCAAGAGAAAAUGAUGAUGAAACUGUCAACUGGAUCAGUGACAGAUCUGAAGCCAUUAUUACUUAUGCUUUGUGUGGGUUUGCAAAUGUUGGAUCUUUGGGAAUCAUGCUCGGGGGACUAGGUUCGAUGUGUCCUGAACGACAAAGUGAAAUGGCUAAAAUUGUGAUCAAAGCAUUGAUUGCUGGAAUAUUUGUCAGUAUAUUGAAUGCUUGCGUUGCCGGUUUUCUGUAUCUUCCACCACAACCUAACUGCACAACGAUAUUAAGCUAUGAUUGCUGGUAUUGUACGGAAGAAAAAAACGUUUAUCUUUGCUGCGAGGAUUCUGUAGGAAUAGAUUUAUCAACCACAGAUUCUGAACGUUGUUGUGACUAUGAUUGGUCUAAUGGAUUCAAUGAUUUGCAAUGUACUAACGAAACUUUAUUAUUUUAAAUAUGCAUCAAACCAUUUUGGAACUAAAGACAUUUUGCGAGCGACAUCUAGUGAUCACUUUUUUUACUCUGCCGUGCCCUCUGGUGGACGUUCAUAAUUAUGCUUGUUUUUAUUUCUCAUUUUUAAACUUACUUUAUAUCAAACAUCAGAGAAAUCUGGAAAAUUUCAAAGCAAAUCGGAAUCCCCCUUGUUAAAGAAAUUAUUGUCAUAAUUACUGCAUCACUCGUUAAUUACUUAUAAGCGUAUUUGCAAUCUAAUAUUCAUACAAGGAAUUGAAGAAGAACCAGAGUGCAAUAGUUUACAUUAGGGGGCAGAAAUAAAGUUAUCAAAAAAAAAACAAGAGAUCAAUACUCAAAUAUAUGAACACGGAGGCCAAAACGAAGUAGUACCGUACGGGUAUGGAAUCUUUUACAGUACCGGUAGUCUGACCACCAUCUGACCGAGAUGUUAUCACAAAACCACGGCAUGCAAAUUUUAAUUUUGAUGACGUCAUCACAUAAAUCUUCGUAGUGAAAAACGAAUCUAUAGAGUCACAGCUAUUCUUGAAAUAAAAGUAAUAGUCUUCUAGCGAUAACAACAAGCUUUAACCAUUGAAAUUUUCAAAGCAAUUAGUCC